GACGCGUCAGACAUACGUCUACUUCGGCUCAAAGUGUUUGCCGGACAUAACUUAGCGAAGAAAGACAUCUUCGGCGCAUCGGAUCCAUACGUUCGCAUCGAUUUGAUACGAAAUGCCGACGACUCGGUCAUCGACUCUGUUUACACCAAAACUAAGAAAAAGACAUUGAAUCCCAAAUGGGAAGAAGAGUUCAUAUUCAGGGCCAACCCUAAUAACCAUCGAUUGUUAUUAGAAGUAUUUGAUGAAAACCGGUUAACUCGCGAUGACUUCCUCGGAAUGGUUGAACUCCCGUUGCAUAACAUUCCCACUGAAAGAGCCGGUCGUACGAUAUCUCAAAAGUAUUACAUUUUGCGUCCGCGAAGCGCCCGAUCCAAAGUGAAGGGACACUUACAGCUCUAUCACGCGUACAUCGCAUCAUCAGAUGAAGAGGAGACACAAUCCAUUCAAGAGAAUGAGCCGGGUUGGGAAGUGGUUGACGUUGAUAACGGUUCCGAAGAACAUCCGGCGCCGCCAAUCCUGAUGCAGUCAAGCAGUUCUGAUUCAAUAUCAACUCUAUUGCCGACGGGUUGGGAGGAACGACAGGAUGCGAACGGAAGGACAUAUUUCGUGAACCAUAUCGCGCGCACCACUCAAUGGCAUCGACCGACAGAUACAACCAGUAUUAAUGAGGACCAAACGCAACAAAGAAGUCUCGAAUCAGCUCAAGAAUUCAGACGAAGGGUACACAUCAGUGUCGAACAAAAUGGCGAACACAACUCUACCAAUGAAGAACCCAUUAAUGAAUUUGCAUGUGUCUGUUAUGGUUGCGGAGAAAUCAUCGGAAACACUUCGGGCCAUCCUGUACCGCCUGCCGGUCCUUCAAAUUCGAGCAAUUCUACCGCUGGUCACAGAAGUCCUACAAUUCCACAAACAAACGACGGAUUGCCAGAGGGCUGGUCACUACAAGUGGCACCCAAUGGAAGAAUUUUCUUUAUUGACCACAACUCCAAGACUACCACUUGGAUCGACCCGAGGAAUGGGAAGGCGAGCCCUGCGCCCAACCAAACCAAUGUAGCGAACAAACCUAAAUUGAAUACAGUCGACGAUUUGGGACCUCUUCCCGAUGGUUGGGAGGAACGCAUGCACUCCGACGGACGUAUAUUCUUCAUCGAUCACAACAACAGAGUGACCCAAUGGGAUGACCCGCGUCUCAACAAUCCCAAUAUCGCUGGUCCUGCGGUUCCCUAUUCUCGGGACUAUAAACGCAAAUAUGAAUAUUUACAGCUUCGUCUGCCGCGUCCGUCAAACGUGCCAAACAAGUUGGAGAUCAAAGUGAGCAGAACUAACAUAUUUGAAGACUCGUAUCGCUCUAUUUCGGGCAUAAGUCGCGUCGAUUUACUUAAAACAAAACUAUGGCUCGAGUUUGACGGCGAAGAGGUGCUCGACUACGGGGGCGCCUCUCGAGAAUGGUUCUACUUGUUAUCAAAAGAGAUGUUUAAUCCUUAUUAUGGUUUGUUUGAGUACUCGGCCGCUGAUAACUAUACGCUCCAAAUCAACCCGUUUUCUGGUAUGUGUAAUGAGGAGCACUUGUCUUACUUUAAGUUCAUCGGACGAGUGGCCGGAAUGGCUAUAUUUCACGGCAAACUUUUGGAAGCGUUUUUCAUUCGCCCGUUUUAUAAGAUGAUGUUAGGAAAGCCGAUCCAAUUAAAGGACAUGGAGAGUGUGGACACCGAGUAUUUCAAUUCUCUCAAAUGGAUUCUAGAUAACGAUCCAUCGGAGCUCGACCUCAGGUUCUCCAUCGAUGAGGACCUCUUCGGACAAAUAGAACAGCGAGAGCUCAAACCUAAGGGCACUCACAUCGCCGUCACUCAAGACAAUAAACUCGAAUACAUAGAUUUGGUAAUUCAAUGGCGAUUUGUUUCUCGAAUUUUACCACAAAUGGAGGCAUUUCUCGAAGGUUUCAAUGAAUUGAUUCCAUUAAGUCUUAUCAAAGUUUUUGAUGAACACGAGUUGGAACUACUUAUGUGUGGCAUUGGAAACGUUGACGUAAAGGAUUGGAAACAAAACACCGUAUAUAAAGGCAGUUAUCACCCGAACCACAUCGUUGUCCAAUGGUUUUGGAGGGUGGUGCUAUCGUUCAACAAUGAGAUGCGUUCCCGUCUGUUGCAGUUCGUCACCGGCACCUCUCGGGUCCCUAUGAAUGGCUUUAAAGAGCUCUAUGGCAGUAAUGGUCCGCAACUGUUUACUAUAGAGAAGUGGGGCACUCCUCACAAUCUACCACGUUCUCACACUUGUUUCAAUCGUUUGGAUUUACCCGCAUAUGAAAGCUAUCAGGAGUUGAGAGAGAAAUUGAUUCAAGCGAUCGAAGGGUCGGAGUCUUUCGGUGGAGUCGAUUGAGUCGAUGAAUCUAUAGAUUGAUUUAUGCACUCAUUUCUAAAUUAUUAUAACUUUUAAUAUAUUUUAUUGUUUUUAAGAAAAGAGAUAAAUGAAUGGAAGACUCUGUGAUUCUAAAGAAUAUAAAUUCGAGUAUUUUAAUCGUGAUAUCACUUAAUUGUUGGCUAAAAAAAUCGC